AGCUCAGCAUAUAACAAAGAUAAGUGAGCCAGGGAGGAGGACCCCCGGAAGGAUCUUUUGAUUCUGGGCAAUGUCUGAUUGGCAGAUGUUAAAAGAGAUUCUUUAGUAAUCCAGAGCAUCAAUGAACUGCACAAAGUCAGUACAGGACUGGAAUAAUUCAGGCAUGAGGACACUUUGUGGGUACACUCUGGAAAAGCAGAACCAGGAUGGACAGAACCUUGGAGUCUCUGCAAUAUUUAAUUGCCCAAGUACUGCCUCAUAGAGACCCUGCCCUUGUAUUUAAAGACUUGAAUGUCGUAGCAAUGCUGCAGGAAUUCUGGGAGAACAAACAGAAACAGAGAGCUGUAUUUCCUAGUGAAGGCACAGUGGUGUAUGAGUCAUUGAACUCUCCUGGUCCUCCAUUUGUCAGUUAUGUCACCCUACCUGGAGGAAGCUGUUUUGGCAACUUUCAGUGCUGCUUAAGCAGAGCAGAGGCAAGACGAGAUGCUGCAAAAGUGGCUCUGAUCAAUUCUCUGUUCAAUGAAUUGCCCUGUCGCAAGAUCACAAAGGAAUUCAUUAUGGAAAGUGUUCAAGAAGCUGUUUCCUCAACCAGUGGUACUUUAAGUGAUGCUGAUGACCCAAGCACAAGCAUCGGGGCUUAUCAUUAUAUGUUGGAGUCAAACAUGGGGAAAACUAUGUUAGAAUUUCAGGAGCUGAUGAUAGUCUUUCAGCUGCUGCAUUGGAAUGGAAGCCUUAAAGCCCUACGUGAAACAAAGUGCUCCCGUCAGGAAGUAAUUUCCUAUUAUUCCCAGUAUUCUUUAGAUGAAAGGAUGAGAAGUCAUAUGGCCCUGGACUGGAUUAUGAAGGAGCAAGAAUCUCCAGGAAUUAUUUCCCAAGAGUUACAAGUGGCACUGCGAGAGCUGGAGGAAGCCAGGAAAGCUGGACAAGAAUUGCGGUUUUACAAAGAAAAGAAGGAAAUACUGAGUUUAGCACUAAGCCAGAUCUACAGCGACCAAGUUACCUCAUCCUCAAAUGAUGAUCAAAUGGGCCUGACCCUAAGUGGCUAUCACUAGCAUAACCUAGUCUAUUAAGUGAUAUAUGAAUGGUAUAUUACAGCUAACUUGAAUGGGAAAUUGCUGCAGAAAACUUUAGUGCAGAUUAGUGAUGGACAGUGUUGAUCAGUACAAAGUCUUUCUCACCAAGAGAACUUAGUACAGAGAUGAGGAAAAUAUUUGGUCACAGGGUUCAUACAGACCUAAUAAAAAAAGCUAGAGAUUACUAGUACUAGGUGAUGUGAAAGACUAUAGUUUAUGCAUAGGGGCUCAUUAUGCCCACAAACUCUUGCAUACCAUUCUGGUUUCCUAUUGACAAUGCAAGCAAAUAGUAUUGCUGAAGGCCAUGUAGUUUAUUUUCUCAAAGUUACUGUGGAAAGAUUCUUCCAGUAGCACAAACUGUAAAAAAAA